CUGUACCUUCACCUCUUGUUGAGACACACUGAGAUCCCAGGGAGUGAGGCACAGAGGCACAGAGGCACAGAGCACAGUAGAGGAACAUACUGGAGCAGUGUAUUGUCUCUGAAUUUCACAUCUGGACUUCUUCAGGAAGAAUGGCUCUUCUGCCUACAAGCAUCCCUGCUAACUUCACCACUGUGGCUUUAUCUGGAGAUCUAAACAGCACGCAUGACUCUCGUUGUCCUGGCGCGGAAUCCGCGGAAUGGCACUACACUGUGCUGCCAGUGUACAUCCUGCUCGUCAGUGUGCUGGGAAUGGUGUUGAAUGCGUUUGUCCUGGUGGUUUUCUGCUUCCACAAGAAGGCCUGCACCGUGGCUGAGAUCUACUUGAGCAACAUGGCCAUUGCUGACCUUGUCCUGAUGACUUGUUUACCCUUCUGGGCUGUGUACGCAGCCAAAAAAUUCAACUGGCCAUUUCCUACUCCCCUGUGUACACUGGUCACCCUUUCCAUCAACAUGAACGCUUACUGCAGCAUCUACUUCCUUGUUCUGAUUAGCAUAGAUCGUUUAUUAGCACUGGUGCACCCGCUGUCCCAUGAACGAAUGCGUAGGCCAAAAUGUGCCAAACUGGCCUGUAUGUUGGUGUGGGGUUUUGGCCUGCUCCUGGGUGUCCCCACACUUGUCUACAGGGACGUAAAAUAUUUCCAUCACAUAAAUUCUACUACAUGCUAUCUUAAUUACCCAAAUGCCCAAGUACGGCUUACGUUUGAUGGGAUGCUGAUGAUGUUUGGCUUCAUCAUCCCUGUUUCAAUUAUUUCGUACUGCACUUUCAAGAUUAUUAAAGCCCUGCAGAACCGGUCAAUUGAUGCGAUAAACACCGGGCAGACAGAACAGAAGGCCACUACUCUGGUGCUGGCAGUCCUCCUGGCAUUUAUGAUCUGUUGGGUGCCAUUCCAUCUGAUUAAGAUACCAAACGCACUAAUAAUACUUAACCUACUGACAUGUGACGUCCUCGCCAUCGUAAACACCUGCAGCCAUGUCUUCAUGUACUUUGCCUUCUUCAACAGUGUUCUCAACCCCAUUCUCUACGUCAUUGUAGGAAAAAACUUCCAGAAAAAAGUUAGGGAACUCUUCCAGAGAUGGAGCUUUGACAGGUCAACCUCCUACACACGCUCAAACCUGACGAGAAGUGUUAAAAGGGUCGCGGGGGUGCUGGAGCCUAUUCCAGCUGACAUGGGCAAGAGGCGGGAUACAGCCUGGACAGGUCGCCAGACUAUCACAGGGCUGACAAAUAGAGACAACCAACCAUUCAAGCUCUCAUUCACACCGACGGGAAGUUUAGAGUCAUGGAUGUGUUUGGACUGUGGGAGGAAGCCAGCGAACCAGGAGAAAACCCACGCUGACACGGGGAGAACAUGCAAACUCCCCUGGGAUUGAACCCCCCACCCCGGGUUCGACCCAGGAAUCCUCCUACUGUGAGACAACAAUGCUAACCACUGCACCACCGUGUCGCCCACGUAAGAAAAACAUUGUUUGAACUCCCUCCUGAUUGUUUGCUGCGAGUGAAUUAUAACUCUGGGCUUUAGCUAAGAGGAGUGAGGGUGGUGUUCUGGUGUUUGCCAUCUACACUUUGUUUGAUCUGUUCCCGGCCUAUUUUUAUUGUACUCUGUGAUGUUCUCACUCCUAUUUCAUCAAAUACGGACGCUUGGUCAGUGGCCCACUGGAGUUAGACACUGACACACAAAGGCACACUUAAGCAGUGGUAUGAGACGUCCCAGGCAGCAGCAUUUGUUGACACUCCGGGUAACUACCGCAGUACAAAUAGCAACAAAGUCAUUUGAUGGAAGGGAGUAGAGGACGGGUCAAGCAUACUCCAGACUUUUACACAGGAGUCCUGUGUAAACCCCAAAACAUUUUUUUUUACCUGCUUUGUAAGUUUAUUACGAAAAAGACCAUAUGCAUUUAAUGAGCAGAGCAGAAAUUUCACAUUUACUGUGAAAAGAGACGAUGCAUGUAACAAGCAUAAAUCAACAUCCCUGAGAGUCCAAAAUUGACGCAGGAGGGUUACUUGUCACAUCAUAUAUUGACAUGACAGGCCGCUGACCAAGCAUCUGUGUUUGACAAGAUGGAAGUGAGAACUGAUGUACUUGCACUUAAACUCGACCUCUUAUUCCUGAGUGUAUUAGGCCUUUCUAAACAGUGCCAUGAACCUAUGUCUUCUCCGUGCAACACUUCAGAAGGAAAGUUGACGCUCUGUUGUGUCUACUAACAUCAGCAGACCAGAGGAAGUCAAGGGUGUGGUCAUUUAUUGUAAGGGAUGAGAUGUGAAUCUUUCAUUUUAGGAUAUGAGACUCAGUUUACUGUACAUGCCAGUCUAAUACUGAUGCACUAAAUGCUGUUUCAUUAGAAAUGCUUUUAGACUUAACACAAUAAUAGCACUGCUACAUGAUUUAACAGCAUUACCAGACUGUGUUUGAUAUAAUUGGCACAAGCUAAGACAAUGGAAGUAAUGUACAAAAGAGAUGGGAAAAGACUUUGUGUCUCUGUGGAGAAGCAACGCUUUAAAACGUUACAAUGACACCUUUAUGGUAAGCUGUUUGUGUUGGGUGUAUGUCUGUGAAUGUGUGUUUCUGUACUGUUAAACUCUCAUUGUCUUGUGAUGUUUCUAUGUUAAACACCAAACAAACAUAUUUAUAGCCAUGUAUUCUCCCUUCUGUUUCUCACGCUGUAACUCAUGUAUCCUUUCCUUGACCCUAGAGAGCUAACAUAAGAGUUGCCACCUACACACUGCGCCUAUUUGCAUGCUUGUACAGUCUGUUGCUUUGUACUGUUUGUUUUCUGUUCAAAGUCACAGCAGCAUGUUAGUUUAGUCAUGUUGUUAUUUCUGUACAGUGUGAGCAAACGUCACUGCUCAUGAAACGGCCUCUGUGUAUCAAUUGUGAAACUAUUUGCAUCAUCAAUUUAAUGCAACACCUGGAGAGGCAUAAAUGGAAAGCCUUAAUCCUUUGCUGACUUAUGAAUAAACAUGCACCUAUGUGAGUGUAUAAAGACA